GACUGAGGCUAAGGCAGGUAUCGGGCAUGGGGCUGGUGGGGCCGGGAGGCGCCAGUGGCAGACAAGGCUGUAGGAGAACGAAAGGCAGAAAAGGCAAAAAUUGCGUGGAGGCGAUUCCUUAAUUACGACCUGCCCUCCGGACAGCUACGGCGGCGGUUGGCAUCGGGGAUCGCAGGUGCAUCCCGGGAGGGAGGGAUGCGGGGCCCGGGUCGGCAUGGUGGCUGCUUGCAGGCUGUAUGGGUACAUCUGCCAUGGCGAGCUCGGAGCCAGGAAGACAGCGCCACAACGCUAUGGCGUUGCGUUGAGCGGCUCCGGCAGUGCGCUGAGUGCCUGUCCGGAGACCCUGCUGUCCCGAUCCGCGAGGACCCAGAGGCACCGGCAACGCACAUGGCCCCUGUGCGCCCUCCUGGGCCAGGGAGAUGGCGGAGAGAGUGGCUUCUAAGAAAUACAGCAGGCUCAAAUGUGAAUAGAUAAAGACAUGAAUAUAUAAAUAGCACUGCAACAAAACCAGAGGUUGGCGAGGAGACGUGUGCUGGUGCUGGACAUCUGUCCCCUUUUUGCAGAUCGCAUCCGUGCAACCCUAGUAGGGGAAUGCAGGAUCUGGAAAAUAAAAGAAUGCUAGAAAUGCCGCUCGGUGUAUUUUUAGUAGAAAAUUAUCAGUAGGGAGGGAUUUGGCUUGGAAAACGAAAAGAAGCAGUAUCUGACACAAAAUUUGCAUAUAAGAAUCUAAGAGCGCGUUUUCUGACAAAAAGGCAACUCGGGGUGCGCGGAGCGCAGGUGGCUGUUCAUCUGUGCCUGUUAAAUGAAGAGCAGAAACAUCCACCCCCGUUCGACUGCGAUACUUGGCUCCAGUCAAUACACGCGGUGCUGCGCAGGAGGAACACGGUGGGAAUGAACACGUUACACAAUGAGAGGUAGCGCUCCUAACGCUGCUGUACCUGCAGAUAAUUUACCAGCAGUCGUUUAGGGACAGGCUCCUGCCCGGAGCUGCGUGGUUUGCGGGGCCUUCCCGGGUGCUGCUGCGGUCCCGGCCAGUGCCCGGUGCCUGCAGCAGCAGCGGGGCUUCCACCGCAGCGCCCGGGGUGAUGACAGCUCGGCAUGGACUCAGGAGAGUAAGGCGAAUGAUGCUUGUGCCCGUUAGGCGAUCGCUGGGGGAGGGGAUGGUGUUUUCCAGUAGCGUUUGGUUGCUGAUCGGGCUUAUCUUACUGCUUUAAUAAUAAGUCACAUUGGGAGGAAUUGCAUGGUGUUUGUUUACUGCAUCUCUAGGCUGUGGUGAUGUUUGCAUUUGGUACACUGCGCCUUACGAACCCAAAAGACUGGAGUCGUUUGAAGAUUAUGUAAAAAUAAAGGUGCAGAUACCCUCUAAAAAGACUAAUAAUGGGACCAGGCAUUCAAGAAUAUCCCUUAUUACUGCACAGAGAGACACAAAGAAAGGAAAGCCAAAUCAAUGAAAACCACAAAGGAAUGGUAAAUAAUGGAAAAAGCCAUCCGAGCACCAAAGGACUUAAUAAACCAAUUGCUCAUGUGAAAGCUUCUCCUGGAAGACUAGACAAGAAUGUAUCAAGUACCAUUGAAAAGAUUUCCCAUGACACUCAAGAUGGUAACCAACCAAGUGUUCUUAAGAAGGGAAGAAACCAGCUGGAUGACAGUAGUCAGUCAAAGAGAAUCACAAGUGUUGGCACAUCACUGCACAGAGCACAAGGACCAAAGAGGAGUCUCCCAGAAAGAAUGCAAAAUGAAUCUUUUCUGCAGAGGAUCCCUCCUAGUGCAAAGGGCAGCAUGCAAGGUAGCCUCUGUAAGGUUAAAGAUGUCCCAGUGCAACAUUUUUAUGGCAGCAGAAAAGAACAUUUGGAAAGGAAUCAGGAAGAAUGUGUUGCUGAAGCUGGUCCAUGCUCUUCUAAAUGGCAAGAAAGAUCUGUAAGUGAAAUGUUUCUUGAUUUUGAAUCAGUACAAAUUAUUAAAGAAGAUGCUGAAGAUGACAGUGCCAGUGAUCUGUCUGAUUCAGAAAGGAUUCCCAUUCCCCCGUCUCCCUGCACACCACCAGAACUCAUUCUCAGAGCUGAAGAAAUUGAUCCAGGUUGUUUGGAACAUGUUCUUGAUACGGGUUUUAAAGAAUCAGAGUAUUACUACCCAGACUUUCUCCCACCCCCUUUCAACUCAUGGGACUUGAAGCAGUUGGCCAUCUUUGUUAAUGUGGAGGGGAAAAUGGAAUUUCAGCCAAAGCCAACAGGAUUUCUUGAGAAAUUCAUUGAUCGCCUUCUGCAGCUGGAAUGGCUGCAGAUGCAGACUGUGCAGAAUGAGAAAGGAAGGGCAACCAAAGCCAGACCACAGACUGCUCCCAGCUCUAUCCGUACCCUAAAAAGCCCUGGCAAAGGCAAGGCAUUGCUUAGCCCUUUGCCUAGCAAACAAAUAAUUCCUCAUGAAAGUGUUUCAAAGCUGCCCAGAAGCUAUUCAGGUCACAGGGGAGAACCCUACUGUGAAGGAAGCCGCCAGUUACAUUCUCAUCCAGGUCAUUUGAAACUUUCUGAGAGAGUGGGAUGUGCAGUGUCUUCUCCCAGACAAUCUGCUGAAGUAAAGAGUGAACUGAAAAAAAAGCCAAUUGCAAAGCAACAACUCAAUCAGCAGCCCUCUGAGAACAGUUCUAAAAUUCAAAGUGUUGGUAAUAUGAGACCCCCUAAACAAAGCCCAGUGUUUCCUGGUUCAGCUGCUCCCAUCAAAGGUUUAAGAACAUACACGGGUACAAAUCCAAAGAAAAAUGGCAAUGCCAGCAAUUAUGUUCCCUCUAAAAAAACAGCAGUGGACAGGAAAAUAAAUGGCACAAAGCAAACAUCACACAAAUGAACAAAAACUCAUUAGCAAAGUUGAUUCUUCUUGACUGCUGGAAGGCAUUUGGCCAGUGCAGAAGAGUCAUGUUUUCUUCACAUGAAGAUCUUGAGAAAAUAUGUUCCUGAUGCAUGGUUCUAAGUCAGAACUGUUCAUUUCAGUACAUUUGAUCUUAAGCCAGCAGGGCCAGCAGGAAGUCUUUUCCCUGAGGGCAAGUGUCUUCCAUUGGUCUCUCCUUAAAAAUACUUGCAAUUGCUCAAUGAAGAUUAUAGCAAAGUGUUAGAGAAUUGCAGCAUGUCCUCCUAGUUGCACCAGCUGAAGUCCACUGAAGUCUGUAGUGGUUUUUAUGCUUUGGUAUAUUCGAGAGGAUAGGUUCCAUGCUCUUGUUCUUGAACUGAUGUGCUGUUCUGUGAGAUGUCAAUGUGAUGUUCUUAGAUGUGCUGUCUGAUGGAAAAGGGCUUGACUGUUUUUGUAGCAUAAUAGAGUGUGCUUAUCUAUGCAAAGUUGAACUCCAGUUCUUCACAGAAGAUGAUGAAUGGAAUUUUUUGGUUGAGCAAGAAAUGAUAUUUUUGUAAGAAGAAGAAUGGAGUUAAUGUUUUGAAAUGUUUUAAUGCAGGAAGGGUUCUUUUUAGGACAAAAAAUUAUUAGGGAGCAGACAGCUUCAAUGGUGACAGAUUAAGAAAAUGGAAUGUGUAUUUUUCUACCCAGAAAUUUUCACUAUGUUUACAGAGAGCUUUCCUUGAAGUCCAUUUUGUAAGCCUUGAUGCUCUUGGUCAUUUAAAGGAAAUGACAAAAUUUCAAUUUGCACAUGGAUGUAUGUGACUAAUGUGAACCAAGGGUAUUAACUGGAGACUCUGGCCUGAUUUGCAGAACUAGUAGCCUCUCAGAAUGUGAAAAAUAGACUCUUAGAGUAUGAAUUUAAAGGCUAUUGGAAAUUCAAGUAAAGAUAGAUUCUGAUACAAAAGAUAAUUAUUUUCAGUCACCCAGGAUGAGUGUUAUUUAUCCCAUGAUCCAGUCUACUUCAGUUAAUUUGGCUUCUUUUGUCAAGGUUUAAUGAAGGGAAAAUAAUCUGAAGCAAGGAAACUGUGUCACUGAGGGCCCUCAGACCCUCUAUUUCCUCCUGCGUCUGUAAGAUACAAGAGAAUAUGAAGAGUACUUCAGGAGUAUUCAAGUGUCAGUUUAUCUGUUACAAUUUCUAAUUAAGCACAGCAGCAGGGGGCACAAUCUUGUUGAAGCUUAAAUUCUAGAAAGUACUUAGUACUUUAAUUUUAAAAUGGAAUACUGAGCAGCAGUAACUUUGUCCUCAGCCACCAGACAUACUGAACUGUUCAUGAGAAGUGAGCUCUGGUGGACCAAAUUUUACAAGUUAAUCCUUCACCUUGUGAUAGAAAAGGAAAAAGUAGCAAAUACAAAAGAGUGCAUAAUGUAUAUAGUUCAAUUGCACUUCUCUUGUUGAUUUCAUCUUGGUUUUAAGAUGCUUAGCUGUUUCUAUUCUUUAAUUGUGCCUACCAGAUCUUCAGCUUUGUAAAAUUUCAAAGCAUGGAUUUAUAUGUAGUUCAAAAUGUGAGGCUAUUGAUAAAUGUAGUAAUAAACUAGAGUAUUAUACAGUACUUAAAAACAUUGCUCAGGAAUAGUCUAAGAAAUAUUUUUAGUGUUUUUUUUCCUAGUCUGCUGGAGACCAAAUGUGAAAUUUUCAAUUGAUAAACAAAUGUAAUACCCAGUAUUAUAUUUCCAUAUUCAAUAUUUGCGAAGUUACAGUUAAAAUGAAACGUAGUUGCAUGUACAUUCAGCUCUAUGCAAUUAAAGUGAAAAUCUGACAUGCUCAAAGAUCAGAUAAAUUGGCUGGGUCAGAGGUGUGGUGAAACACUGACGAUGGCAUUCAACACUAGCAAUGCAGAGGACCAGCACAUUCCAUUGUUGCUGUUUCAUCCUUUUGUUGCGUCCCAGAUUCAUCAUGUAUUUCAGCUCUUUAUUUUAAGAUGAAAAGUUCUUGCAUCCAGCGCUUGAAUUUUAAAUUGUGGUCAAAUUCUGCAAGCCUUCCUUGGACAAGUUUUGCUGAUUCUCAUCAACAACAGUCAGUAGGACUGUUCUUGACAAUAAGAACCUCUUUAGAGGACAGCUUUAGCACACUGGUUUAGCGCCAAAAGCAAGGUGAGCAGGAUUGAGUCAACAGAAGAGCAGAUAUUUUAAAACAAAUUCUGUUGGAUGCAGUAAUCAAUUUAGCAUGUUCUUAUAGCACUGAAUAUUAGUGUAAGCUAAAUUUUCCUCUGAAAGGUUACUCUGUGUUGAUGCUUUCUUAGGUUAUAUGCAGGCCACGUGGUUACAGGCACAUUUUGCAUGAUGACCUGUUAAAGAAUAAAUAGUGUUUCAGUCAGUCUUGACCAGAACAAAGCUGAUGUGCACUAAGGAAAAUUUUCUCACAGACCUAGGAAAAAUUUGGUUCAAUAUCACACUUGUGAUCUGAUGGUCAUCAAUCCAUCGUCGGAGACUAAAAAGUUAAGCAGGUGUAGAUGAUGAUGCCCCUUAAAAUAAGUCUGAGUUCUGUGUAAAGCUCUGGCUGUGAUCUGGCCAAGUUUGUCUCACAUGAUAAUCACCAAUCUAACUUUUGUUCAUUGAUUUAUUACUUACGCAGUCUUCUCUGCAUACAAAAAUAGAAAAUCUCUGCCUGCACAAACAGCACUUAGUGUGAGCAGACCUGCAAGAGUUGGAUUUUAUCCUGCAACACUUUUACUUCCAUUUUAACUUGACUAUGUUCUGAGCCUAUAGAUAAAAAGAGCUCCUUUUAUGGAGAAGACUGGUUUUUGCCACCUUGAGUUUGUCUUUAGAAGCACUUCUGAAUGUAGCAGAGAAGUUUAUUCCAUCAAAUAUGUUCAGGUUAGAAUUAAAAUACUUCCACAGACCAGUGAUUGUGUGGCUAUUUUUUUUCCAUUAUGUUUAGCAAUAUGAUGAUAUGUGAGUCUGAGCCUAGCACUGACAAUGCUUCUUGAAGAGGAAGUUUACUGUGAUGUGAGAUAUUUAAACAGAGUAAUUUAUAUAUUCUUUUCUAUUUAUUUUAAAAGUUUAUUGUUCUGCAGUACUGCCUACAGAACAAAUAUGCUCAGGUUGCAUUUUAAAUGAACAGCCAGGUUCAGUUAUACUGAUAGAAGCUUUGAACAGCUUAGUUUUUAAUGUAAUUACCCUGUUACAAAGAUGUGAAGAAACAGAUUUUUUCUCCAGUACGUGUACACUGUUUUCCUUUGUGAUGCUAAAGUGUAUUUUCAGUGCAUAACUUGCACAAUGUUGUUUUUCUCUUGACGUUUCUUUUUUCUCCUUUUCUUGCAUCUCUGCAAUGAAAUACUGUGGUCAGUUGGUUUUACCUCCCCACACCCCUCCACACACUGUGUGAUAGGUUUUGGUUACAUAGAGCAGUUUUGAAGUUCCUGCAGGAUGCUUCCAGUUCCUUGUUCUGUCAGCAGGACGGGUGUCAAGCUUCUGCACUCAGAAUUUAUGCUCCAAGGAAGGGUUAUCAAUGUAUAAGCAACAUAUAUCAUUCUGGGAAGAGGGGCUUCCCAUAUCCUUCAAGUGUAAGAGCCUUUCAAGGAAGACUCAGUCCCCAAACUGCUGGCUCGGUGUCCUAAAUGAUGGGGUGGCCACUUAGUAAGGCUGAUAAGGUAGACUGUAUUUUUCUUCCUGAAUGAGUGAUCGCAUUUGCUAGUAUGAAUUCAAAGCUGUGUGUUGAUAAUUCUUCACAUAGGCAAAAAAUCUCAACAGUAGUUGUACUGAGAAAGUUGAGUUUGGAGAAAAUGGGUUGCUCCCUAUUUGGAGAAAUAGGGAGCUCUCACCUCCCACCAACGCCCUUCUCCCAGAGUGCUGUGACCAUGGCUCUGCAACCAUCUUUGUGCUGCUAGGGCUUUGUGCUGUUGCCCCAUGCCCAGGGUGUUGGCAGAGCCACAUAAUGCUACACAUGACGGUCAGGCUCAUUGCACUGGACUAAACUUGGAGUCUUGUUUGACCUCAAAUUGCUUAACUAUGCUGCAACCCCAUUAUUGCUUGUGUCCUUUCUGUGUUUCAUUUAUUUCUGUUUGAAGCAACUUUUAUCUUGUAUUUGCUGUUUAAAGGAUCCUGUUAGAAGUUUGAGAGUAUUUUGACAGCUUUUUCAAUCAGUAUGCGAUACAUUUUUUGAGCUGAUAUAGUUGACAUUUCUGCAAUAUGAAAUUGCCUAGAAUGUACUAUUUUUUGCCUUAUUUUAAAGGUAUUAAGCUUUUGUUGCUCCCAUUGUCGUUAGUGUUUUUUUUUUUCCUGAAAAAUAGACCAUUCUGUGUGGAAAGUCUGGAACUGUAUUAACUGAGAAUUUGCAGCCCAGCUUUUGAUGUUGGCAAUCAUGUAUUCUUAUUUAUUUGGACUUUUUGUGGAUAUUUUUGCUAGUAAUUUCAUUGGAAAGUGAUCUUGUAAUUCAAAGUUACUGUAUAUUUACUCUAAUAAAAGUGAGAUAUUGCCUA